UCGUCGAAAGAAAAUAUAAACAAAUCGACCAAUGUCAGCUCUUUUUUGUUUGGUCAUUGGUGUCUGCAUGAGUUCUGUUAUUUUAAUGGAUACGUAUUAUAUAAAUUUUCAAUGCCGAUUUAUAUAAAUACAGUUUGUCUAGCUAGUUCCUCUUUAGAAAUCCAUUAUAGAUCAUUUUCUUCUGAUAAAAAUUGGUGAAAUAGUGAGUAAAAGUUGCUGCAAAGAUGGCACCUGUUCUGCUUCAUGGAAUACUGCAUAUCACCAUUUUUGACGUUGAAAGGCUAACUGGUUCAGGCUGCACCAGGAUUUUUUGCAAGAUGCUGGAAAACAUUGAAGAAGUUAUAGUUUGCGGAAAAGAUUUCGUGAAAAUACACACAGCAAUUGAUUUAGAUGGAACCAGAAUCGGCAGAACUAGAGAUUUAGAAGACGCAGGUCCGAAUCCACAGUGGAACGAAUCUUUUCGCAUUUACUGUGCUCAUUUAGCUUCAAAUCUUACAUUCUCCAUCAAACUAAAAGAUCCUAUCGGCUCACAUGUCAUCGGAAGAGCCUAUUUGCCCACUGCAGAGCUUCUGAAAGGAGAAAAAGUGCAGAAAUGGCUUAAAAUCUUGAACAAGAAUUAUAAAUGUGGUUCAAAGAUUCAUGUCAAAGUUCAAUUCUUUGAUGCUACUAAAAGAAAUAGCUGGUCUAAGGGGAUCACAAGUCCUACAUUUUCAGGGGUACCCUACACUUACUUUCCUCAGAGAAGUGGCUGCAGAGUCACCCUUUAUCAGGAUGCUCAUGUUCCUGAAACGUUCAAUCCGAAAAUCGUUCUGGACGGAGAUAAAUUGUAUGGACAAAAUCGAUGCUGGGAAGAUAUUUUGGACGCGAUUUCUAAUGCUAAGCAUUUUAUUUACAUUACAGGAUGGUCUGUGUAUACUCAAAUCAGUUUGGUCCGGGAUCGGAGCCGGCCGAAAGCGAUUCUUGGAGAGUUGUUAAAGAAAAAAGCUGAAGAAGGUGUUAAGGUACUAAUGCUUGUCUGGGAUGACAAAACUUCUGUCAAGUUAUUGAAAGAAGAUGGAAUAAUGGCUACACAUGAUGAAGAUACCCGAAGCUAUUUCGAUGAUUCCGAGGUUCACUGUGUGCUAUGUCCGCGAACUCCUACGAAUUGGAAUAGUAUUAAAAAUGGCCUGCAGAUUUCUACUGUGUUCACUCAUCAUCAGAAGUCUCUGGUGGUCGAUUACGAAUUGGAAAAUGGAGAAAUCUUGGGGAAGCGGAAAGUUGUGAGUUUUCUUGGCGGAAUUGAUCUGUGUGAUGGUAGAUAUGAUACUCAGUUUCAUUCUAUCUUCAGGAAUUUGGAUUCUGAUGAUUUCCAUCAGCCUUGUUUCCCCGAUGCAUCGAUUGAUAAGGGAGGGCCGAGGGAACCUUGGCAUGAUAUUCAUUGCCGGUUAGACGGACCAGUCGCUUGGGAUGUUUUAUCCAAUUUCGAGCAGAGGUGGCAAAAGCAAGGCGGAAAUGACAAAUUGCUUGUCAGAAUAAGAGAACUUGGAGAAACUUUUGUCCCUCAAUCUCUCAGUAUGUUUGAUGAAGACGCUGAAAAUUGGAAUGUUCAGGUUUUUCGGUCUAUUGAUGACGGAGCUGCUUUCGGGUUUCCUGAAGAUCCGGAAACCGCAGCAAAAUCCGGCCUUAUCAGCUGGAAAGACAAUAUUACUGACAGAAGCAUUCAGGAUUCUUAUAUCAACGCCAUUCGCCGAGCGAAAAAUUUCAUUUACAUCGAAAAUCAGUACUUUCUUGGAAGCUCAUAUAGCUGGAAAACAAAUGGAAUCGAUAUUAAAGAAAUUGGAGCUUUGCAUCUAAUUCCCAAAGAACUUUCAUUAAAGAUUAUUAGCAAAAUUGAAUCUGGAGAAAGAUUUUCUGUGUACAUUGUAAUUCCAAUGUGGCCUGAAGGUAUACCUGAAAGUGGCUCAGUUCAAGCUAUUUUGAAAUGGCAGCAAAAAACAAUGGAGAUGAUGUAUAGUGACAUAGGUGAAGCAAUUCGGGCUAAAGGGCUCGAUUCUAAUCCGAAAGAUUAUUUGUCAUUCUUUUGCCUCGGAAAUCGAGAGAUGAAGACGAACGAGGAAUAUGAACCGUCUGAAAUUCCUGAGGCUAAGUCAGAUUAUAUAAGAGCUCAGGAAGCUAGACGGUUCAUGAUAUAUGUUCAUGCCAAGAUGAUGAUCGUGGAUGAUGAAUACAUAAUAAUUGGAUCCGCCAACAUCAACCAACGAUCAAUGGAUGGAGCAAGGGAUUCAGAGAUAGCGAUGGGAGCAUAUCAACCAAACCAUUUAAGCACAAAUAACCCAGCAAGAGGUCAAGUUCAUGGACUAAGAAUGUCAUUAUGGUACGAGCACCUCGGCUUGAUCGAUGACUCAUUUUACCAUCCCGAGACGCUGAGAUGUAUCCGAAAAGUUAAUCAAAUCGCUUCUAAGUAUUGGGAUCUCUACACAUCGGAGGAUUUAGUAUGCGACUUGCCAGGCCAUUUGCUUACUUAUCCUAUAGGAGUUGAUGGCAAUGGUGAGGUUUCAGAAAUUCCUGGAAAUGAAUUGUUUCCUGAUACGAAUGCUAGGGUUUUUGGGUCUAAAUCUGAAUUGCUUCCUUCUAUUAUUACUACUUAAUUAAUUAUAAUUUUGAUAGCAUUUUUCAGUUUGCAAUACAAUAGUGCCUCUUUACACCAGCCCAUAAGGGGACUUGAAAUGGACUGAUUUGAAUUUUUGUUCCAAAAGCCUUUAAUUAUUUUUAUUUUUAUUUUUGUAUAUUAUGUCAUAAAUUAUUAGUAUUUUAUCUAAUAAGAGAUUACAUCUCAUUAGAUUCAAUUUCCAUACUGAAAUUUGUUCAGUUAGGUUUUUCAUUAUAUUCAAAUCAUUUAAUAUAUCAAUAAAAACUUCACAAUCACAUUACUUUUCUA